UACGAAAGUGGGAGGCACGUCACGCCAGUGCAAUCCUGCGGCAUUUGAGUUUUGACGUGUGACAGCAAACUGCAACUGUAUCUGUUGCAGACUGGUGUGUACGAUUUUGUAAACUGUCGGUAAUGAAAAAGUGAGAGAAAUGGCAGAAAGUAAAGGUGCGUUAAUUGCGAAAACAGUGCAAAAACAUGCUGGACGGGCGAAAGAAAAGUUGCUCCAGAACCUGGGCAAGGUGGAUCGUACGCUGGACGACAUCUUCGAGGAGCACCUGCAGAACUUCAACCGGCAGCAUCAGCAGGCCACGCGGCUACAGAAGGAGUUCAAUAACUACAUACGAUGUAUACGAGCGGUACAAACGGCGUCAAAAAGCCUGAUGGAGGCUAUCACGGAGGUGUACGAGAGCAGCUGGUCGGGGCAUGAUCUGCUGUACGUGCAGGCGCAGAGCAUGGAGAUGCUGUGGCAGGACUUCUCGCACAAGCUCGGAGACCAGGUCCUCAUACCUCUCAACACCUACACCAACCAAUUCCCGGAAGUCAGGAAAAAGAUCGAGAAACGCGGUCGCAAGCUGGUGGACUACGACGGACAGCGACACAGCUUCCAGAACCUGCAGGCCAACGCCGCCAAGAGACGGGAUGAUGUCAAGGUGACGAAGGGUCGCGAGCAGCUGGAGGAGGCGAAGCGCACGUACGAGUUGCUGAACUCGGAGCUGCACGAUGAGCUGCCCGCGCUGCACGACUCCCGCGUCCUCUUCUACGUCACCAACCUGCAGACGCUCUUCGCCGCCGAGCAGCUCUUCCACUCCGAAACCUCCAAGGUGUACGCGGAGCUGGAGGCGAUCACGGACAAGCUGGCGACGGACUGCCAGCGCAACUCCUACACCAAGAAGACCGCCUCCCUGCCCCGCGCCCCGCCCGCCCCCACACCCGCCCCCCUCGCCCUCACCCUCGCGCACAACGGCGCCAACCACAACAACGUGCAGACGCCCUCCCCCGCGCCCGCCUCCCCCGCGCUCAACGGCAGCGCCAGCCCAGCGCCCGUCACGCCCCCGCCUCGCCGGGACACGUCCCCGCCUCGCCUGGCCACGCCCCCGCCCUCGCCGGGCACCACCCCACCGGACACGCCCCCCGCGCCGCACACGGCCAACAACAACGCGGCGGAGGAGGGCAGCAAGCCGCAGCUCAGCGACGUUCCUGUGGGAGCGCCGGCCAACGAGAAUGUCAAUAAUAACGUCGACGGGAAGGACUCCAGCGUUGAGAAGGAGAGUGAGAAAGAGAAUGAGAUAGAAGAGAAACAGAAGGAGAAGAAAGAUGUAGAGAAUCAGAACAAUGAGAACAAGAGCGACGAGGUUUACGAUAUACCAGUGGGAGCGACGCUGGCGGGUCUGCCGGCGGGCACGCUGUACCGCGUGCGCGCGACGUACCGCUACACGCGCGAGGACAGCGACGAGCUCUCCUUCGACGUCGGCGACGUCAUCCGCGUCGUGGAGUACGACGACCCCGACGAACAGGAGGAGGGAUGGCUGAUGGGUAUAAAGGAGUCGACCAAUGAGAAGGGCAUGUUCCCGGCGAACUUCACGCGGCCGAUCUGAGGCGCGGAGGGAAGGCAUCGGUCCGCCGACGCGCGAAGUGUUACGUGUUUUCUUUCUCCCGCAGAAACAUCGUCAUGAUCACACUGACACUAACACUUCGUUAUUUGUUUAUAAGUUUUAGUGUUUAGUUGUUGAGCGUUAUUAGAGAUCUAUAUAACUAUUUAUUACGUGUUGUACCACAACGAAUGUAUUAACGACUUACCCCUUUACUUUAUUUAACUCAAUAUUUUUUAUUUCGUAAAGGUUUGUAACGAUUUUGUAAAUAAAGUAUAUUUUUAGAAACACGUUUUAGUCAGUACGGAGUUCGGAGUUCGGAGUACGGUGUAGGUACAUCUAUAUCACUUUGGAAUUGCCUUUACACUUUUAUUUUCUUGUGAUCAAAGAAAGCAUGCUUAUUUUUUUUUUCUUGGGAUUUUUUUAUUGCGUGUGUAUUUUAUUGUAUUCGUUUUGAAACUUUUACUGAGAGAUUUUUAAUGUUUAUUCGAAUUUAAAAAAUUAAAAUAAAAUAAAAACAUUGCUCAGUAUUUAUAUUUAUUAAAUAAUGUAAACGGGAAGUGUCCUUAAUUUUAAUAUUAAACAUUUGACGAACAAUUCUUGGAAUAUAUUUUAUAUGUAACAUUUUGAUAUGUGUCAUUCAUAUAUAUAUAACAUAUACAUCGACUUGUAUUUGUAAAAACACUGAAGAAAUUAAUCACCAAAAAAAGGCGUCCGGACAUUUUGUUCGCGCCACUUUUCUGCUCCGGAUUAGUUAUCUAUAUGUUAUAUAUCUAUGACAUAAUUAAAUUUAUCUUGUAAUGAAUUUAGGAAAAAAUAGUCGUGUAUGAUUGACUUCAAUUUUAAAUAUUACCAUCAUAAGAAUCAAUGACUGCUAAAACUAUACACAGACAUUAAUUACACUAAAAGUUUUUUGCGACACAAACCAUUGACGUUUGAAGAACACACUACCAAAGUUCCAACAGUCGAAUUGUUUAAAAAUUCAUAAACAAUAAAACUAUAAACACUGAUUUUUAUUUAUAUUUAUUAAAUAAUUACAUGAUAAAAUGAAUAGUUUUAUCCUAACAGUUAGUUGUAAUUUCACUUUUCAACUAAUCAUGCCAAAGAUUAAGCAUUUUUAUCUUUUCUCAUUCCUAUUUAUAUAU